CCAAACCCCUGUUCAUCAGUAGGGUUUUCAGCUCGGCCAUCAUUGAAAUACAAACCACUCUUCCAACAACAUUAUACAAAUUCAUACAUAUUUAACAUACCAAAUGGAUGCUUAUGCGUUGCAUCUAGCUAUGGCGGCACUAUUCGGAGCCUCAUUCGUCGCCGUUUCGGCAUACUACAUGCAGCGGAAAACCCUAAAUCAAUUACUGGAGUUUGCAAAAUCUGUUGAGAGGGAGAGAGAAGACGGGACUUAUGAUGACGAUUCGCCUUUGCAUUACAAGAAGUAUAGUAGUGCUGAGAAGCAUCAGCAGAAGCGAAACCGGGGAGGACGGAAGAAGGGAGGAAAUGAUGGAUAUCACCGGCGGGCUUCGACUUCCUUGUCUGACGUCACUUCGAUUUCAGGUGCCGGUGGUGCUGGCGAUGCGGAUAUUAUUCCACUUGGGUUGCCUAGACUCCGUACGCUUCCUGAAGAGAACUCAGCCGCUGGGUCAACCAAGAAAACAGGGCAUCUACCUAGACCGACUUCUCCAAAGUCUCCAAUUGCAAGUGCAAGUGCUCUUGAAAGUGGCGAAGGCUCUGAAGAAGAUGCUGAUAUGACUGACAAUGCUGAUCUGGAUACAACAUACCUUCAUACUAAUGGAAAUGCUGCUCAUGGGAGUUUACCAGAACAUACUAAUGCAAAUGGAGAGCAAUUACCCAUAGUUGCAUCUACCAUGAUCCGCUCACAUAGUGUAUCUGGAGACCUGCAUGGUGUUCAACCAGAUCCUGUAGCUGCUGAUAUUCUUAGAAAAGAACCAGAGCAUGAAACCUUUGUAAGGCUGCGAAUCUCCCCAUCUGAGACACCAUCUUCUGAUGAAGCAGAGGUUUACAGAGCAUUACAAGGUUGUCUUGAAAUGCGAAAGAGCUAUGUGUUUAGAGAAAGCAUUGCUCCCUGGGAGAAACAAGUUAUAUCUGAUCCUAGUACUCCAAAGCGCAAUCCAAAUCCUUUCGAGUAUACCCCUGAGACAAAAUCUGAUCAUUAUUUUCAAAUGGAAGAUGGCGUGGUUCAUGUUUAUGCAGAUAAAGAUUCAAAACAGAAGCUUUUUCCAGUUGCUGAUGCAACAACAUUUUUCACUGACCUUCAUCACAUCCUUAAGAUAUUAGCAGCUGGGAAUGCACGAACGGUAUGUCAUCAUCGCCUUGGUCUUCUGGAACAGAAAUUCAACCUUCAUUUGAUGCUAAAUGCGGAUAAAGAAUUCCUAGCUCAGAAAAGUGCACCACAUCGCGACUUUUAUAAUGUACGUAAAGUUGACACUCAUGUUCAUCAUUCUGCAUGCAUGAAUCAAAAGCAUCUGUUGAGGUUCAUAAAGUCCAAGUUAAGAAAGGAACCAGAUGAGGUUGUAAUAUUUCGUGAUGGGACAUAUCUGACCUUAAAAGAGGUUUUUGAGAGCUUGGAUUUAACUGGAUAUGACCUGAAUGUUGAUCUAUUAGAUGUGCAUGCAGACAAGAGCACAUUCCAUCGUUUUGAUAAAUUCAAUCUGAAAUACAACCCCUGUGGUCAGAGUAGGCUUCGGGAGAUUUUCUUGAAACAGGACAAUCUAAUUCAGGGUCGUUUCCUUGCUGAGGUAACAAGCCAAGUGUUUGCAGAUCUUGAAGCUAGUAAAUAUCAAAUGGCUGAAUACAGAAUAUCAAUAUAUGGAAGAAAGCAAAGUGAGUGGGACAAUUUGGCGAGUUGGAUUGUAAACAAUGAAUUAUACAGUGAGAAUGUUGUCUGGUUGAUUCAGCUACCCCGGCUUUACAACAUAUACAAAGAAAUGGGUAUUGUGACAUCAUUUCAGACAAUUCUGGAUAAUGUCUUCCUUCCACUCUUUGAGGUUACAAUCGAUCCAGAUUCACAUCCCCAGCUGCAUGUAUUCUUGAAACAGGUGGUGGGAUUGGAUUUGGUGGAUGAUGAGAGCAAGCCUGAAAGACGCCCUACAAAACACAUGCCAACACCUUCCCAAUGGACAAACAUCUUCAAUCCUGCAUUCUCAUACUAUGUCUAUUAUUGUUAUGCCAAUCUUUAUACCCUAAAUAAGCUUCGUGAAUCGAAGGGCAUGACAACUAUUAGAUUCCGUCCUCAUUGUGGGGAGGCGGGUGACAUUGACCACUUAGCUGCCUCAUUUCUUACAACUCACAACAUUGCACAUGGAAUUAAUCUCAGAAAAUCUCCUGUCCUUCAAUAUCUAUACUACCUUGCUCAGAUUGGGCUUGCAAUGUCUCCUUUAAGCAACAACUCGUUAUUUCUGGAUUACCAUCGGAAUCCUUUUCCGAUGUUUUUUCUACGUGGGCUUAAUGUUUCCCUAUCUACUGAUGAUCCCUUACAAAUUCAUCUCACAAAGGAGCCCUUGGUAGAGGAAUACAGUAUUGCUGCUUCUGUCUGGAAGUUGAGUUCAUGUGAUCUUUGUGAGAUAGCACGUAAUUCCGUUUACCAAUCAGGUUUCUCCCAUGUUCUCAAGUCUCAUUGGAUUGGGCAAGAGUACUACAAGAGAGGGCCAGAUGGAAAUGAUAUUCACAAGACAAAUGUACCACACAUCCGACUUGAAUUCCGAGAUGUGAUAUGGAGAGAGGAGAUGCAACAGAUUUAUUUUGGGGAAGGCCAAUUUCCCUGCAUACAUCGAGACCUAACCUACCCACCCCCACCCUCCCUUUCUCCAGUUCCUGUUGAUGGCGUGUGGUUGGGAGCAGAAAAGAGGCUUUUGCUUGAUGCGUAUGUAUCAACUAUCAAGUAUCAACCCAGCUCAUCCAUUAUGUAA